CCGGUCAGCCGAGCGGCGUGGGAAGAGCGACUGAAUUGAAAAUGAAGGCUUGGCCUGCUGUUCUGUCGUUGCUCUCAUUCCAUUCCACCUCCUCCACCCCUGUUCUGUUCCCUCCUGCCUGUCUUUUCCGGCUCUUUGCCUCGCAACUCGCUCUUUUGUUGUUGCGUAUUCCGCUCUUUAUCUCACUCUCCUUACAUCCUCUGCGCCAGCUCGCCCCCUCACACGAACUCGUUGACCGCGAUUCCACACGGUCAUCAUGAGAUCCCUUAUCGCCUUCGCAACCUUAUUCACCCUAGCGUCUGCUACAGACCUCAAUGCUAGACAUGCUCGUCUUGUCAAGCGCCAAGCGCCUCCGUCUUCGUCUACCCCUGCGCCAGCCCCUUCUUCGACUUCGUCGGGGCCAGCAGCGCCAACUGUUUCCAGCGUGACGUCUGGUGUUCCGGGUGCACCGUCUAUCACGACCGCUGCUCCUGCCACGUCUAUCGUCACUACCCUUGCUCCCACCAACAUCCCUCCUAUUUCCAAUAUCACCUCAGGAGCUAUCUCAGAGUCUACUAUCGCUCUCAGCUCGACGCCCGCAGCUGGACAAAAGCCUUCGAUUUCAGGCGCACCAGCUUUGCCGUCGUAUACCAUCGUUCCUUCACAAUGGCCGGCGAUGGACAAGAUGCCCGAUCCUAGUUCUCCUGAGGUCCAGGAGUGGAUGAAGGAGCUUGAGGGCUUCAACAUCCCAAACCUAAGUACGACCGACGGUACUUGCGCUGGUUCCCCAGAGGCAGCUGCGGACGCUGCCAACCGUGGUUGGUGGACGUGCGGUGGAUACACUCGAAGCACAGAUAUCGUUGCCUGCCCCAAUAAGCUUACCUGGGGAAUGAGCUUCGAUGACGGUCCCGGAUUCUACACCACGAAGCUUCUUGACUAUCUCGACGAGAAGAAGCUCAAGACCACGUUCUUCACUGUUGGCUCGCGUGUCAUUGAACGUCCUGAUGUCCUCCGUGCCGAGUUCCUGUCUGGCCACGAGAUCAGCGUCCACACCUGGUCGCAUCCCGACUUGACGAAGCUCACGAACGAGCAGAUCGUUGCGGAGCUUGGCUGGACUCGUAAGGCGAUUCAGACUGUCCUCGGUGUAACUCCUGUCACUAUGCGCCCACCGUACGGAGACAUUGACGACCGUGUUCGUGCAAUUGCUCUUGCUAUGGGCAUGGUUCCUAUCAUCUGGACUCGUGGCCCCCAGAACAACCAGUUUGAUACCAAUGACUGGAAGGUGCCAGGUGGUACCGUCACUGGUCCUCAGUCGCUUCAGGCCUUUGAGGAGAUUUUGGGCAAUGCUACGCAGAUCAACACUGGUUUCAUUGUACUUCAGCAUGAUCUGUAUCAACAGUCGGUCGACCUUGCCGUUGGUUACACACUAGACAAGGCAAUCACCUUCCAGCCUCAGUUGACUCUUGAGCCCAUCGGCACUUGCCAGGGCUGGCCUGCAACGGAUCUGUACUUGGAGACGACGACGAACACGACGUUCCCUUACCCUAACUCUCUGAUUUCAGGAAACGCAACUACGACUGCCUCUGCUCGAGCAACGGCCGUCAGCGGCAAGAGUGGCGCCGCUCAAGGCUCGGGAGCUCUUGCCAAUUUCGCAGGUGUGCCGACGCUGGGCGCGAUGCUUGCGGGAUUAUCGGUAUUGAUUGGUGGUGUGCUUGUUGCAUAAGAAGCAUAUGAAAGGAAAUGGAAAAGUUUUUUUUAGAUGCUUGGAUUUCCCCCUGAUUUCUCUUCUCCCAACCAAUCAUUAACGCGACGACGACUAGCUAGCUACAGGCCAUUUUCUUGAUAAUGGGCAUUCCCUGCUCUGAUUCCCCCCUUUUUCUCUCGUUCGUGCAUGUUCUGAACACCCGCUAUUCCCGUCACACUCUACUCUCUACUAUCCGAUUCCCCUUUCUACUUUUCCUUUUCUAUUUCCGUUUCUUGACGAGCUAUCGACACAACUUUUAAUUCUCUUUCGGUAGCUUUUUUUAUUCUGUUGCUAGUCCUUUUUAAAUUUCUAUGACGGACAUGAACCGAUAAUUUUUGUCUUUGCCACGAUGAUGUACAUCGAGACAGACAGACAGACCUAUUCCGAUUCAUAUCAUAUCAUAUGAAUACAUUUACAAUUUUUUUCUGCC